AUGGAAAAUGUUUUGAACUCUCCUGGCAGAUGUCCCACUGUGUCCCCUCACUCUACCUUGAGCAACUCCAGCCGCUCAUCCAACGGCCUCUCCAACGGCCAUUUGAACGGUCAUUCCAACGGCCUCACUAACAGCCGGUACAACGGACUUUCGAACGGUCAUUCAAACGGGUUAUCCAACGGUUUCAAUGGUUCAGCACGUCUCACGAAGAGCCUCUCCACCACAAACCUAGCGUCACAGAACUCUGGAGCUGCUGGCCUCCGACCCAAAGGUCUCAUGGAGAAGUUCAUUGCAUCCCGUGGCAAGAUGACUCCGUCUGCCUUUACUUCCUCUUCCUCUACAAACGACCAUCCCAGCAGAGUUAUCAUCACCAGACCCAUGAGGGUUCAGCCCAAGAAGCCAGUGUUGUUGCGUCAACACAGCAGCGACUCGACGGACGGCAGCCUGAUGUCGUCGGAGCAGAGAAGCGAAGUGAGAAGCAUGACGUCUUCCCCUCAGCCUCCCCAGGGCUACAAGAAAUUUAUCGGCGCUGAGGAAAAAAUUCAAGAAGAACUUCGCGAGAUGCAGCAGCGCGAGGAGGAACUCAAGUGA